AUGUCAUCGGCCUCGCUCUCGACGGCGGAGUUUUUGAGCCAGUACGAGCCGCUGGAUAUUGUGGGGAACGGCUCGUUUGGGGUUAUCAGGAAGGUCAGGCGGAAGGUCGACGGCGCCAUCUUCGCGCGGAAAGAGCUCAACUUUGAGCGGAUGACGGAGCGCGAUCGUAAGCAGAUUGUUGCGGAGGUGAAUAUAUUGAAGGAUUUGCACCACGACCACAUCGUGCGCUACCACGACCGGCACGUCGACCGCGACCAGGGCAUCCUCUACAUCCUCAUGGAGUUCUGCGGCGGCGGCGACCUCUCCUCCGUCAUCAAGUCCGCGCAGCGCACCGGGCGCCCCAUCGCAGAAGAGACGAUCUGGAACUACUUUAUGCAGAUCCUGCUGGCGCUGCAGCAUUGCCAUCAUCCGAAUGGGCAUGCAAGGUCGAGCAGCAGUGCGUCGGAUUCGGGGGAGGGGGGCAAGGAGCGGAGGCCGCAAAUUCUGCAUCGCGAUUUGAAGCCGGAUAAUGUGUUCCUCGACGAGAUGAACGCCGUUAAGCUCGGUGACUUUGGCCUGUCCAAAGCACUAACACAAGCAACGCUCGCCGUCACAUACGUCGGGACACCAUACUACAUGUCGCCCGAAGUGAUCCAAGAGAAAGCGUACGACUCCAAAUCGGACAUCUGGUCCCUCGGCUGCCUCAUCUACGAGCUCUGCGCGUUGCACCCGCCCUUCCACGAGGCAAAGACGCACGCGCAAUUACACAUGUGCAUCCAGAACGGACGCAUCCCGCCGUUACCGCGCGGCUACAGCCCGGCGCUGUGGAACUGCAUCAAGGCGAUGCUCAAUAUCAACCCCGCUAUGCGUCCGUCCGCGACACAGCUGCUCCAGAACGAGCGCAUAGACCUCGCGCGCCAGAUCUCCAACGCACACACCAUGUUCGAAGAAGUCAAAGCGCACCGCGCGCGAAUCCUCCAACGCGAGCGCGAAGUCGCCGCGCGCGAAGCGCACCUCGCGCAGCUCGAAUCGCACCACGCCGCCGAGCUCGCCAAACGCGACGCCGAGAUCCGCGAGCUCAUGGCGCAGCUCGCCCAAGCCCGCGAAGCCGUCCCCCUUGCCAUCGCCGCGCGCGAAGAAGAACUCCGCGUCUUAGUGCUGCAGAAGGAGGCGGACGUCGCGGCGCGCAUGGAGGCGCGCGAGCAGGAGAUUCUCGCGGCGAUCUUGGCGCGGGAGGCGGAGAUCGAGGUCGUGUUUAGUACGCGGGUCGCGCAGGAGCGCGAGGCGGCGGAACAGGAGGCGGAGGAGAGGCUGAGCGAGGAGUGGGCGCGGGUGGAGGGGAUGAGGGAGGAGGUUGAGAGGGGGUGGCGGGCGUUGGAGGAGGCGCAGCGGAAGAGUCGAAAGGAGAAGGCGCCGUUGGAGGAGGUCAAGAACGUCCUCCAGCCCCUCCCCACAAUGUCCAAAGACCCCGCACCACCCAAACGGCGCCAACCAAGAGCACCAGCAUACGAAACGCCCCUCCAACGCGCGCCCAAGCCCGUCUUCCCCCUCGCGAGCGCGAUGAAAGGCGUAGUCCUGACAGCCAGCGGCGAAGCGCUCGCGACGCCCGCGCCCGCGCUGGACAACGAGCUGUCGCGGUUCUUCGCGCCGUCGCCCAAGACGAAGUCUGGGCUGGGGUUUGCGCGGAUAUUUGACCAUACGGCCAAGGGAGAUAGCGAUGAGGAGGAGGAAGAGGGGGAGGAGGAGGAGGUCGAGAGGGCGUUGGAGAAGACGCCGCAGCCCCUACCCGCUCCUGUUCCCAUCCCUGUUCAGGCGAAGGACGCGCCGCGGUCACCGAGUAAGAAGAUGACCAAGUCCAACUCGACGAACUCCGUCGCGUCCUCAUCCACAUCCUCUGCUGAAUCGGGGUCGUCUUCGCGCGGAUCCCAAGACGCGAACGGGAAACUCGGCGCGCCUGCGCCGUCCACGCGUCUGCGCCGGCCGUCAAUCGUGCGGGGCUCGUCGACGCGGCCUGCCGUCGUCGCCGAGGAGAAGACUGAGCGCAUAACGAGCAGUAGGACGAACGGCGGCCGGACGACGUCUGCCAAAUCCACCGGCACAUCAUCAUCGUCAGAUACAGCAGGAGGCCGCCCACAAACGACGCGCUCAGCGUCCGUCCCCGCCGCAUCAUCUUCCUCGGGUGUACCGCAUACGCCGCCGGUGUACGACCUGGACGACGAGUCGAACCUCCCCUCGCCCUUCCUCAAGAAGAUCGAGCGCAAACCCGCUGCACCUGAACGUGCGACCACACUUCCGCCCAGCCAAUCCGCACCCACUCUCGCAGGCGCCGGAGGUGGAAUUGGUGCUGGUGUAGGAGUGGGUGGGGCGAGAGCGACGACGAAGCGCCCGAGCUCGGGCAAUAUGCUCCGGGCGUUUGCGGCUGCUAACAACGCCAAAGGCGCUGGUACCAAGACGAACGGUACGACUGCUGCGACGAAAGGCGUGGCGAGGACGAGGACAGGCGCGGGGGAGGAGGCGCGCAAGGCUUUGCUACGGACCUAG